GUGAUGCAGUAUAUAUUCUCAGUGGCCCGCGCCGAUGCUGUUGAUUCAUCAGGAUCGAGAUUACUAUUUUAAUCCAUAGCUAAAGACUGAGAGUACUUAGAUCAUCAACUUCUAUUCACCGAAAAUGGCCACCGUGACAUCUACCGAAACCCAAAAUCUCCCCAUCUCGGUUCAGGCCGAUCCUCAGCCCACUGAGGAAAAGGCCGCUGAGGAAAAGCCCACUGAGGAAAAGGCCGCUGAGGAAAAGACCGCUGAGGAAAAGGCCGCUGAGGCAAAGCCUAAAAUCCGAAGGGCAAUUGACGAAGAGGGUGAUAACGCUGUCCCUGCGACUUACCCCCAUUAUCUGCCUGUCUGGGACCAUGGCGAGAAAUAUCCACCCCUCGAGCCAUUCGAGCACAUCGAGAAGGGCAAAGGCGCGGAUCCAACCUUCAAGGACCUUCUGACGGAAGGCUUCAAGCUCCAGCACCUCACACCCACCACGGGAUCCGAAGUCUCUGGAGUCCAGCUCAGCAAGCUCAGCGACGCUGGCAAAGACCAGCUCGCCUUGCUCGUUGCCCAGCGAAAGGUUGUCGCAUUCCGCAACCAGGACCUCGCCGACUUGCCACCUCAAGAGGCCGUCGCCCUCGGAAGCCAUUUCGGCCCUCUCCACAUCCACCCGACCGGUCCAACCGCUGAGGGCCAUCCGGAGCUCAUGAUCGUGCAUCGAACUGUCAAUACGAGCGAAUAUGACCUCAUUUUGGGCAAUCGGAAUAGCACUGUCGCAUGGCACUCUGACGUCACAUAUGAGAAGCAGCCACCUGCCACCACAUUCUUGUACGCCUUGGAUGUUCCGGAAGUCGGUGGCGACACUGCAUUCGUCAAUCAGGUCGAGGCCUACAAUCGGUUGUCACCACUUUUCAAGGAGCGUCUGCAUGGACUCAAGGCUGUUCACUCUGGAAUCGAACAAGUCGAGUUUAGCAAGAAACGUGAGGGAAUAGUGAAACGAGAGGGCAUUACCUCGGAGCAUCCUCUCGUGCGUACUCACCCGGCAACUGGCGAGAAAGCCUUAUUUGUGAAUAAAAUUUUCACUCGGAAAAUAGUCGGAUUUAAGGACGAAGAGAGCGAAGCACUCUUGAACUUCUUGUACGACCACAUUGGCCGGGGCAUUGACUAUCAGGCUCGCGUCAAAUGGGCCCCUGGGACUGUGGUUAUUUGGGAUAACCGCGUCACUUCGCACUCUGCCAUCGUUGAUUGGACGACCGGCGAACGACGACUUUUGGCUCGCAUUACCCCUCAGGGAGAAGCCCCGAUUGAGACUCCUUAUGUUGCGGAACCUAAGUAGAGCUCAAUCCGGCAUAAGGAUAGGGGGGAUUGUCAAUUCAAUGGAAUUUCCCUCUCGAAUUCCCGUCGAAAUUGGAGCUGUGGCUCGUAUGAUAUCGCUGCAAAGGCCAGAGCUGGGUCGGUCUAAUGAAAC